UUCAAACUUCUUUAUCAUAUCAAACUGAAAUAGCCCUUUAUCCUAUAUAUUAGAUGUGCUAUCGACAGCUGCGAUUCACGAAAAAUACGGCAUGCGGCCAUCUCACAUUCCAAGGCGACACUUACAUUGAUUGUUUUACACGAGACUGCAAGCUCAGUACCAGUCAUCCGACCACGUGCGGAUCACAGGGGAGACCAUGCAAUUGCCGUCGGUAUUAUAGUCAACCUCAGCGGCUGAUCACACUAGAACAACCGGGAAAAUGUCCACAAUGCCCACCAUGACAGGAUGCAAUCAAUCCGACAUACCUCACCACUAGUCGUCUAACCUCACUCUGUAUAUAUAUAUCACGUCUUGGAUCACCUAAUGUAUUCUUCUAUCAGUUAGGUUUAGUGUUCAUAUCC